GUACAGGUGAGACAGGUGGAUGUCACAGUUACAGUCUGUCUGGACUCUACACCAGCAACAUCUUACACACACUUCUGCAUACAGACUGCGACAGCCCGCCAAGCACAAUGAGUUCAUCUGGAAAAAAAGAACCUCCUCCCUACAUCAUACCAGUCGAUGGUCAGGGUCAGAAGGAUGUGACAGUUUACCACGUCCACACUCCAUUCAAUCCUCCGUCCAACUCAGAGAGCGCCGCUAAUUCCACGCCAGUGUACACCAGCGGAGGAGGAGGCAAUGGUUCAGGUCUCCAAUCUGGAGAUGGCAAAACUAGGUUUGUGAGCUACGACGGAGCGCUGGGGCAUUCUGCCGGCAUGACCACCUGCACCUCCUGCCAGCAGCAGGUCAUGACCAACGUCACCUACAAGGCCGGGACAUACGCUUGGCUGAUGUGCUUACUCUUCAUCUGCUGCGGGUUAGUCCUUUGCUGCUGUCUGAUUCCUUUCUUCCUGAAAAGCUUCAAGGAUGCUUACCACACGUGCCCCCGCUGCAACAGAGUGCUCUACGUUGACAAGAAAAAAUGCUGUAAAUGACGAACAUGAGGGCAGAAAUGGACCCAUAAAAAUAAAAUAUAACAUCUUGUUAACUUUCUCUUAUCAGUUGCACCAUUGUUAUGAAACUGACAGAGAAAGGUCACACUUAUAAUGUAGCUUAUUUUUUAUGGAUGAGCCAUUGUAUUUGCACAAAAACAUCAUAUUAUCAGCAAUAAAUUGGGAGUAAUUGUGCUGUCAGAGCUUAAAGGCACAAUAUGUAAUGUUUUAACAAUGUAUAGACUAAUAUAAAAGUUAUCCAUCAGAGACACUGCCCUCUGCCUGUAUUUUCUUUUACUUUUGAUCAAUCAGGGUGUUUUGGGGGUGUAACCCCCAGCCAAUAACAAUGCAGAGCUUAUGCAGCCCUCUCAUUCCCAACCGCCACCUCGCCUGUCAGCGUCUUAUAUCUAGAGGCACCCAGGAAGGGCGCCUGGCUUUGAAGCAAAUUGAACAUUGUGGCCAAAGAGUGAAAGUACAUCUCCCGGCCCGUCACGUGAUGCCCUCUGGCCAAAAAAGACUUUUUCCCAUUGACUUCAAUGCCGAACGGGCCGUCUUAUUACAUAUUCUACCUUUAAAUAUCAUGUGCACACUUUUUUUUAAAGCUCUGGCAAGUUAAAUCAAGCACUUCCUAUGCACUUUUUGGGAGCAGUUUUAUUUUUGUCCCAUUCCAGCAGAAAAAAAAAAUCUUUUUCUAUCAUCCUUUUCAGAAACUUCUGCAUACAGUAUGUUGUUAAAAUAAAGGCUUGUAAAUAAACUCUAUCAAAUAC